AGAUACUGCGCGUGACGUACAAAACAAAAAAAAAACUUAAGCCCGAUUUUGCAAAAACAUCCUGCAAAAUGAAUUAGAAAUAGAAACAGUUUUCUUUCGCAAUGAAAAAUGCGUUAAGGUACUUGCAAGAUAUUUGUGCGUUCUCACGGAUUUGUGGCACCCUAAUAAAUAUAUAGAAGGGAUAAAUAAUGGCAACGAGGGAUUGAGACGGCUUAACUAGAAGAUCGGCAGCGAGCGGAGGCAAAGAAAGGAACUAUACAGUAUAUAACAAGCCAAGGUUACGACAAUUAAAUAGGUUCGGAUAAUGUCAGAUUUGGGAAGUGGAGAUGAAGGCAUCUCAGGAUCGAAGUAUAAUGUGGCGAAUAUGGAGGGCUCGUCGAGUCGUAAUGAGUUUGAUUCCUCCGUGAAAGGUGGCAGUGGCGUUGAGCAAGAACUGGCCACUAAAAUGCUUCAGAUACAAUCGAAACGAUUUUAUUUGGAUGUCAAACAGAAUCGUAGAGGUCGCUUUAUAAAAGUUGCCGAGAUUGGUGCCGAUGGCCGACGAAGUCAAAUUUAUUUGGCCCUUUCAACGGCAGCCGAAUUUCGUGAUCACUUGUCAUCAUUUAGUGAUUACUAUUCUUCUUUAGGUCCGCCAAAUACUGACAAUUUACCGGAGGAUGGUAAACUGAAAUCUGAAAUGAUGAUUAAAGAUUAUCGAAGAUAUUACUUGGAUUUAAAGGAAAAUGCUCGAGGGCGGUUUCUACGGGUGUCACAAACCGUAACCAGAGGUGGACCUAGAUCUCAAAUAGCAUUGCCGGCCCAAGGGAUGAUCGAGUUUCGUGAUGCACUCACCGAUUUGCUAGAAGAGUUCGGGGCGAACGAUGGAGGUAGAUUUAAGGGAGAUUUGCCAGAGGAACGACAUAUGAAGGUGGAUAAUAAGAACUUUUAUUUUGAUAUUGGACAAAAUAACCGAGGUGUCUACAUGAGGAUUAGCGAAGUAAAAAACAACUUUCGUACAUCGAUAACUAUACCGGAAAAAUGCUGGAUACGCUUUCGUGACAUAUUCAAUGAUUAUUGUGAGAAAAUGAAAAAAUCGUCCGAAUCAAUUACUGCCGAUAUAAAUCUACCGACAUCCUCUAAUAGUCUUAAAUAAAUUCGCGUGAUUUCUAUGCUUAAUAUAGCAAAAGAAGGAAAUAUAUUAAUUAAUGGCGAUUGACCAAAAUUGAAUAACUUAAAGCUUACUAAACUUUGAGAUAUGCGAAUGAUUAUUAAGUUUAUUUUUAUUUGACUUCCUUAGCAUUUAGUAAAAAAGAUCAAUUUAGUUAUUUUUAUCGAUAAAAAAUUAUUUUUACAAGAAACUUGAUUAUUUCCGUAAAAUAUUAACAAUAAGUAUUUAUUUAAAUACAAAAUGCUGUUUCUAAAGAACAAACGUUUGGUUUCCUGUGGCCUUCCUUUGAUUUAUUAUUUAGCUUUUUAAAUUUUUUUAAUUUCCAACGUGUACUAUUUAAAGCACUCUUCAUAAAAAAAUAUAAAUACGCGCCAGUUUAGACUAUAAACAGCUCUCUCAGUAAGAUCAUUAAAAUAUAUGGAUUAUAUGAGGUUUAUGUAGUUAAAAAACACACAAUUUAUUGUUAAAGCUUCUAGAAAACAAAAAUGUUAUUGAAUAUAAAAAAACACGUCAAAAUAAAACUCCUAAAAGCGUUUUUAAAACAAAAGUUUCAAUGUGAUCACUUAGAAUAUAAAAAAAAUAAUGAAAAAUAAAAUAAAUGCAUAGCAAAGCGUAAAAUUUAACACCUACCGAAAAUAAAUUUCCUAAAAAGGAAUGUCUCGUGUACAGAUUUGCAAAUGCAACCUAACAAAUUAGUGCUAUUGAAUAUAAAUAAAUUAAAUACAUUUAGUGCUAUGCAAAGGUUAAGGGGGUAUUCCGAUUUCAAAAAAAAAGUUAAUUUACUUAAUAUAUCUAUAUAAAUUGUAUUACAAUUUGUAUUAUUUUUAUUUUGUUUCUUAAUAAUACAAUUUUAAGCAUUACAUCAUAUGAGAGUCUCAUGGCAAAUAUGUGACUAUAAACCAAACGAGAAUCGUAUAAACAUUAAUUUACCUGGCAAAAAUGAAUUAAAGUUUAAAGAAAAAAAAAAUUGGUUAAACUAUAAAAUAGUGAGUGUAUUGUAUAUCUUCAAUGUUGUUUGGCAAUGGCAUCCAUAAUUGUAAUAUUUUAAGAGUUUUGUGAAAAGAAUAUGGUAAUAAAGUUUAAUUAAACCGAAA